AUGGCUUCAUACACGUUCCGCUCAUUCCCAAAGAACCGUCGUCUCACGACGUUCGAGCAGUGUCUGGCGGACCAUCACGCCAGAGAGAUGUUCGCAUUCAUGGACGCCAUCCGCGAGGAAUUCCGUCUCCAACAGCUCAAGCGCGAGUUCAAGGAGGCCCAGCGGCAGAUUCGGAAGGAGAGACGACAGAGAAGGGCCUACUUCCGACAGCAGAUGAGGAUCGCUUCUGGCCAGGACUCUGGACUCGGCGCCUCCCCGAUCGACAGCCGUUCCCCUGUGCAGUCCCCGCCGACUCGCGUGCCCCUCUACCUCCGGACCUCCCGGAAGACGUCGCCGGCCUCUUCGUUCAACCCGUCGCCCGUGAAUCUUGUCGUCAAUCCGUUCUUCAACCCGACUCUGGCCGCCGAGAUCCAGCAGAAGAAGCAGCCGAUUCUCGUCAAGAAUCCCUUCUAUAACCCAGAGUUGGCUGCUCAAAUUGGAUCUCUCUAA